AUGGCUUCCAUUCCUGAACAUUUCCACUCCUCUCUAGACCACUGUUACACAUUAUUCCCUUCUGAUCACCUCUCCGGGCUACCUGUCCCCACCGCGGCGGCGGCGGUGGGUGGCGGCGGUGCAAUGUGGGGUGGCCAAGACGACUUUAUGGUGCCGUUUUAUGGUGAAAAUAUUGGCUUGGUGGAUGCUAAUAAUAACUUGUCGUCGUCGCCGACCGAGUCCUUCAUGUCGUCGUCGUCGUCGUUGCCGGAGCAAGUUGGAAUCUCGGACGGUGUUGUGCCAGCAUUCUCCGACUAUAGAAGUAGUAUGAUGGGGUUGCAUGGAAUUGUUGGGGCUCAGAAUUUCGGAGGAUCAUAUAAUACUAGUUGUGUUAAUUACCCUCAAUAUGUCAACGCAAAUGGAUUUGAGUUUGGGGAGGAAUGUUGUGCGACGUCGUUUUUGCCGGAGUUAAUCAAGCCUGUUGGCCUUGUAUCUGCACAGAAAAAUUGGGGAAUGCAAAAUAAUCAAAAUAUACAUGCAAUUGAAGAGUCCAAUAUGAUGAAAGUCGGUCGAUACUCGGAGGAAGAAAGGAAGGAAAGGAUUGUCAGAUAUUUGAAGAAGAGAAACCAAAGAAACUUCAACAAAACCAUAAAGGUAUAUGUUCAUAUAAUUAAUGUUAACUAA